UUUCACUUCCUAUCCUCUCGGUCAAGUCGUGUAACAAUAAAAAGAAAAAAAAUCGAAGAAAAAAUCAUACAAUUUUCCAUUUUAAUUUAUUCAAACAAAUCAAAUCUAAAUCACUUAAAAUAAGUUUGCAAAUUCCAUUUGCUCGAAUCAUAGUUGCAAAUAUGCCAUUAAUUAGAUAAUUUCAUGGAAAUUUUCUCAUCAUGAGCAAUCUUCACCAUUUUUAUUAAAACUAAAAACAAAAAAAAAAAUCAAAUAAAGCAAAAAAAAGAUCAAAACACAAGAAAAAAAGUCAAGACAAUCAAUUCUAUUAUCAACAUUUUUUUGAUUGCAUAUAUUUCUAACAAAGAAAGUGAAUUAACUCGAAUCUUUCAACAGAAUUUUAUAAUAAAAAAGUUACAAUGUCGUCUGCACCGUAUAACUACAAUUACAUCUUUAAGUAUAUCAUUAUUGGUGAUAUGGGAGUUGGCAAGUCGUGUCUCCUUCAUCAAUUCACAGAGAAAAAGUUUAUGGCCAAUUGUCCACAUACAAUUGGAGUUGAAUUUGGGACUCGAAUUAUAGAAGUCGAUGAUAAGAAAAUUAAGCUACAAAUUUGGGAUACUGCUGGUCAGGAACGUUUUCGUGCAGUUACACGAUCAUAUUAUAGAGGAGCAGCUGGUGCUUUGAUGGUUUAUGACAUCACAAGGAGGUCAACUUAUAAUCAUUUAAGCAGUUGGCUUACAGACACAAGAAAUCUCACCAAUCCAAGUACAGUAAUAUUUUUGAUUGGCAAUAAAUCUGAUUUAGAAAGCACCAGAGAGGUCACCUAUGAGGAAGCUAAGGAAUUUGCCGAUGAAAAUGGCUUAAUGUUCCUUGAAGCUAGUGCUAUGACUGGUCAAAAUGUGGAAGAAGCUUUUCUAGAGACAGCACGUAAGAUCUAUCAAAACAUUCAAGAAGGUCGUUUAGAUCUAAAUGCCUCCGAGUCAGGGGUACAACAUCGACCAUCACAGCCAGGACGAACAUCGUUGACAAACGAGACACUCACCAAUAAGGAUCAAUGCUCGUGUUAAUUUUUAAGUUUAACAAAAAAAAAUAUAAAAACAAAA